AUGGGCAGCGCAAAAGAGGCGAAUGAUGAGAAUGAGGCAAACGAGGAGAAUGAGGCAAACGAGGAGAAUGAGGCAAAUGAGGAGAAUGAGGCAAACGAGGAAAAUGAGGCAAACGAGGAGAAUGAGGCAAACGAGGAGAAUGAGGAGAAUGAGGCAAACGAGGAGAAUGAGGCAAACGAGGAGAAUGAGGCAAACGAGGAGAAUGAGGCAAAUGAGGAGAAUGAGGCAAAUGAGGAGAAUGAGGAGAAUGAGGCAAACGAGGAGAACGAGGCAAACGAGGAGAACGAAGCAAACGAGGAGAAUGAGGCAAAUGAGGAGAAUGAGGCAAACGAGGAGAAUGAGGCAAACGAGGAGAAUGAGGCAAACGAGGAGAAUGAGGAGAAUGAGGCAAACGAGGAGAAUGAGGCAAACGAGGAGAAUGAGGCAAACGAGGAGAAUGAGGCAAACGAGGAGAAUGAGGCAAACGAGGAGAAUGAGGAGAACGAGGAGAAUGAGGAGAAUGAGGCAAACGAGGAGAAUGAGGCAAACGAGGAGAAUGAGGCAAACGAGGAGAAUGAGGCAAACGAGGAGAAUGAGGCAAAUGAGGAGAAUGAGGCGAACGAGAAGAAUAAGGAGAAUAAGGCAAACGAGGAGAAUGAGGCAAACGAGGAGAAUGAGGCAAACGAGGAGAAUGAGGCAAACGAGGAGAAUGAGGCAAACGAGGAGAAUGAGGCAAACGAGGAGAAUGAGGCAAACGAGGAGAAUGAGGCAAACGAGGAGAAUGAGGCAAACGAGGAGAAUGAGGCAAACGAGGAGAAUGAGGCAAACGAGGAGAAUGAGGCAAACAAGGAGAAUGAGGCAAACGAGGAGAAUGAGGCAAACGAGGAGAAUGAGGCAAACGAGGAGAAUGAGGCAAACGAGGAGAAUGAGGCGAACGAGGAGAAUGAGGCAAACGAGGAGAAUGAGGCAAACGAGGAGAAUGAGGCAAACGAGGAGAAUGAGGCAAUCGAGGAGAAUGAGGCAAAUGAGGAGAAUGAGGCGAACGAGAAGAAUAAGGAGAAUAAGGCAAACGAGGAGAAUGAGGCAAACGAGGAGAAUGAGGCAAACGAGGAGAAUGAGGCAAACGAGGAGAAUGAGGCAAACGAGGAGAAUGAGGCAAACGAGGAGAAUGAGGCAAACGAGGAGAAUGAGGCAAACGAGGAGAAUGAGGCAAACGAGGAGAAUGAGGCAAACGAGGAGAAUGAGGCAAACGAGGAGAAUGAGGCAAACAAGGAGAAUGAGGCAAACGAGGAGAAUGAGGCAAACGAGGAGAAUGAGGCAAACGAGGAGAAUGAGGCAAACGAGGAGAAUGAGGCAAACGAGGAGAAUGAGGCGAAUGAGGAGAAUGAGGCGAACGAGGAGAAUGAGGCGGACGAGGAGAAUGAGGCGGACGAGGAGAAUGAGGCAAAUGAGGAGAAUGAGGAGAAUGAGGAGAACGAGGAGAAUGAGGAGAAUGAGGCAAACGAGGAGAAUGAGGCAAACGAGGAGAAUGAGGCAAACGAGGAGAAUGAGGCAAACGAGGAGAAUGAGACGAAUGAGGAGAAUGAGGAGAAUGAGGCAAACGAGGAGAAUGAGGCAAACGAGGAGAAUGAGGCAAACGAGGAGAAUGAGGCAAACGAAGAGAAUGAGGCAAACGAGGAGAAUGAGGCAAACGAGGAGAAUGAGGCAAACAAGGAGAAUGAGGCAAACGAGGAGAAUGAGGCAAACGAGGAGAAUGAGGCAAACGAGGAGAAUGAGGCAAACGAGGAGAAUGAGGCAAACGAGGAGAAUGAGGCAAACGAGGAGAAUGAGGCGAACGAGGAGAAUGAGGCGAACGAGGAGAAUGAGGCAGACGAGGAAAAUGAGGCAGACGAGGAAAAUGAGGCAAACGAGGAGAAUGAGGCAAACGAGGAGAAUGAGGCAAACGAGGAGAAUGAGGCAAACGAGGAGAAUGAGGCAAAUGAGGAGAAUGAGGCAAACGAGGAGAAUGAGGAGAAUGAGGAAAAUGAGGCAAACGAGGAGAAUGAGGAGAAUGAGGCAAACGAGGAGAAUGAGGCAAACGAGGAGAAUGAGGCAAACGAGGAAAAUGAGGCAAACGAGGAGAAUGAGGCAAACGAGGAGAAUGAGGCAAACGAGGAGAAUGAGGCAAAGGAGGAGAAUGAGGCAAAGGAGGAGAAUGAGGCAAACGAGGAGAAUGAGGCAAACGAGGAGAAUGAGGCAAACGAGGAAAAUGAGGCAAACGAGGAGAAUGAGGCAAACGAGGAGAAUGAGGAGAAUGAGGCAAACGAGGAGAAUGAAGAGAAUGAGGCAAACGAGGAGAAUGAGGCAAACGAGGAGAAUGAGGCAAACGAGGAGAAUGAGGCAAAUGAGGAGAAUGAGGCAAAUGAGGAGAAUGAGGAGAAUGAGGCAAACGAGGAGAACGAGGCAAACGAGGGGAACGAGGCAAACGAGGAGAAUGAGGCAAAUGAGGAGAAUGAGGCAAACGAGGAGAAUGAGGCAAACGAGGAGAAUGAGGCAAACGAGGAGAAUGAGGCAAACGAGGAGAAUGAGGCAAACGAGGAGAAUGAGGAGAACGAGGAGAAUGAGGAGAAUGAGGCAAACGAGGAGAAUGAGGCAAACGAGGAGAAUGAGGCAAACGAGGAGAAUGAGGCAAACGAGGAGAAUGAGGCAAAUGAGGAGAAUGAGGCGAACGAGAAGAAUAAGGAGAAUGAGGCAAACGAGGAGAAUGAGGCAAACGAGGAGAAUGAGGCAAACGAGGAGAAUGAGGCAAACGAGGAGAAUGAGGCAAACGAGGAGAAUGAGGCAAAUGAGGCAAAUGAGGAGAAUGAGGCAAAUGAGGAGAAUGAGGCAAAUGAGGAGAAUGAGGCAAACGAGGAGAAUGAGGCAAACGAGGAGAACGAGGCAAACGAGGAGAAUGAGGCAAAUGAGGAGAAUGAGGCAAACGAGGAGAAUGAGGCAAACGAGGAGAAUGAGGCAAACGAGGAGAAUGAGGCAAACGAGGAGAAUGAGGCAAACGAGGAGAAUGAGGAGAACGAGGAGAAUGAGGAGAAUGAGGCAAACGAGGAGAAUGAGGCAAACGAGGAGAAUGAGGCAAACGAGGAGAAUGAGGCAAACGAGGAGAAUGAGGCAAACGAGGAGAAUGAGACGAAUGAGGAGAAUGAGGAGAAUGAGGCAAACGAGGAGAAUGAGGCAAACGAGGAGAAUGAGGCAAACGAGGAGAAUGAGGCAAAUGAGGCAAAUGAGGAGAAUGAGGCACAUGAGGAGAAUGAGGCAAAUGAGGAGAAUGAGGCAAACGAGGAGAAUGAGGCAAACAAGGAGAAUGAGGCAAACGAGGAGAAUGAGGCAAACGAGGAGAAUGAGGCAAACGAGGAGAAUGAGGCAAACGAGGAGAAUGAGGCAAACGAUGAGAAUGAGGAGAAUGAGGAGAAUGAGGCAAACGAGGAGAAUGAGGCAAACGAGGAGAAUGAGGCAAACGAGGAAAAUGAGGCAAACGAGGAAAAUGAGGCAAACGAGGAGAAUGAGGCAAACGAGGAGAAUGAGGCAAACGAGGAGAAUGAGGCAAAGGAGGAGAAUGAGGCAAAGGAGGAGAAUGAGGCAAACGAGGAGAAUGAGGCAAACGAGGAGAAUGAGGCAAACGAGGAGAAUGAGGCAAAGGAGGAGAAUGAGGCAAACGAGGAGAAUGAGGCAAACGAGGAGAAUGAGGCAAACGAGGAGAAUGAGGCAAACGAGGAGAAUGAGGCAAACGAGGAGAAUGAGGCAAACGAGGAGAAUGAGGCGAACGAGGAGAAUGAGGCGAACGAGGAGAAUGAGGCGGACGAGGAGAAUGAGGCGGACGAGGAGAAUGAGGCAAACGAGGAGAAUGGGGAGAACGAGGAGAAUGAGGAGAACGAGGAGAACGAGGAGAAUGAGGCAAACGAGGAGAAUGAGGCAAACGAGGAGAAUGAGGCAAACGAGGAGAAUGAGGAGAACGAGGAGAAUGAGGAGAAUGAGGCAAACGAGGAGAAUGAGGCAAACGAGGAGAAUGAGGCAAACGAGGAGAAUGAGGCAAACGAGGAGAAUGAGGCAAACGAGGAGAAUGAGGCAAACGAGGAGAAUGAGGCAAACGAGGAGAAUGAGGCAAACGAGGAGAAUGAGGCAAACGAGGAGAAUGAGGCAAACGAGGAGAAUGAGACGAAUGAGGAGAAUGAGGAGAAUGAGGCAAACGAGGAGAAUGAGGCAAACGAGGAGAAUGAGGCAAACGAGGAGAAUGAGGCAAAUGAGGCAAAUGAGGAGAAUGAGGCAAAUGAGGAGAAUGAGGCAAAUGAGGAGAAUGAGGCAAACGAGGAGAAUGAGGCAAACGAGGAGAACGAGGCAAACGAGGAGAACGAGGCAAACGAGGAGAAUGAGGCAAAUGAGGAGAAUGAGGCAAACGAGGAGAAUGAGGCAAACGAGGAGAAUGAGGCAAACGAGGAGAAUGAGGCAAACGAGGAGAAUGAGGCAAACGAGGAGAAUGAGGAGAACGAGGAGAAUGAGGAGAAUGAGGCAAACGAGGAGAAUGAGGCAAACGAGGAGAAUGAGGCAAACGAGGAGAAUGAGGCAAACGAGGAGAAUGAGGCAAAUGAGGAGAAUGAGGCGAACGAGAAGAAUAAGGAGAAUGAGGCAAACGAGGAGAAUGAGGCAAACGAGGAGAAUGAGGCAAAGGAGGAGAAUGAGGCAAACGAGGAGAAUGAGGCAAACGAGGAGAAUGAGGCAAACGAGGAGAAUGAGGCAAACGAGGAGAAUGAGACGAAUGAGGAGAAUGAGGAGAAUGAGGCAAACGAGGAGAAUGAGGCAAACGAGGAGAAUGAGGCAAACGAGGAGAAUGAGGCAAAUGAGGCAAAUGAGGAGAAUGAGGCAAAUGAGGAGAAUGAGGCAAAUGAGGAGAAUGAGGCAAACGAGGAGAAUGAGGCAAACAAGGAGAAUGAGGCAAACGAGGAGAAUGAGGCAAACGAGGAGAAUGAGGCAAACGAGGAGAAUGAGGCAAAUGAGGAGAAUGAGGCAAACGAGGAGAAUGAGGAGAAUGAGGAGAAUGAGGCAAACGAGGAGAAUGAGGCAAACGAGGAGAAUGAGGCAAACGAGGAAAAUGAGGCAAACGAGGAAAAUGAGGCAAACGAGGAGAAUGAGGCAAACGAGGAGAAUGAGGCAAACGAGGAGAAUGAGGCAAAGGAGGAGAAUGAGGCAAAGGAGGAGAAUGAGGCAAACGAGGAGAAUGAGGCAAACGAGGAGAAUGAGGCAAACGAGGAGAAUGAGGCAAAGGAGGAGAAUGAGGCAAACGAGGAGAAUGAGGCAAACGAGGAGAAUGAGGCAAACGAGGAGAAUGAGGCAAACGAGGAGAAUGAGGCAAACGAGGAGAAUGAGGCAAACGAGGAGAAUGAGGCGAACGAGGAGAAUGAGGCGAACGAGGAGAAUGAGGCGGACGAGGAGAAUGAGGCGGACGAGGAGAAUGAGGCAAACGAGGAGAAUGGGGAGAACGAGGAGAAUGAGGAGAACGAGGAGAACGAGGAGAAUGAGGCAAACGAGGAGAAUGAGGCAAACGAGGAGAAUGAGGCAAACGAGGAGAAUGAGGCAAACGAGGAGAAUGAGACGAAUGAGGAGAAUGAGGAGAAUGAGGCAAACGAGGAGAAUGAGGCAAACGAGGAGAAUGAGGCAAACGAGGAGAAUGAGGCAAACGAGGAGAAUGAGGCAAACGAGGAGAAUGAGGCAAAUGAGGCAAAUGAGGAGAAUGAGGCAAAUGAGGAGAAUGAGGCAAAUGAGGAGAAUGAGGCAAAUGAGGAGAAUGAGGCAAACGAGGAGAAUGAGGCAAACGAGGAGAAUGAGGCAAACGAGGAGAAUGAGGCAAACGAGGAGAAUGAGGCAAACCAGGAGAAUGAGGCAAACGAGGAGAAUGAGGCGAACGAGGAGAAUGAGGCGAACGAGGAGAAUGAGGAGAACGAGGAGAAUGAGGCGAACGAGGAGAAUGAGGCAAACGAGGAGAAUGAGGCAAACGAGGAGAAUGAGGCAAACGAGGAGAAUGAGGCAAACGAGGAGAAUGAGGCAAACGAGGAGAAUGAGGCAAACGAGGAGAAUGAGGCAAACGAGGAGAAUGAGGCAAACGAGGAGAAUGAGGCAAACGAGGAGAAUGAGGCAAACGAGGAGAAUGAGGCAAACGAGGAGAAUGAGGCAAACGAGGAGAAUGAGGCAAACGAGGAGAAUGAGGCAAACGAGGAGAAUGAGGCAAACGAGGAGAAUGAGGCAAACGAGGAGAAUGAGGCAAACGAGGAGAAUGAGGCAAACGAGGAGAAUGAGGCAAACGAGGAGAAUGAGGCAAACGAGGAGAAUGAGGCAAACGAGGAGAAUGAGGCAAACGAGGAGAACGAGGAGAACGAGGAGAACGAGGAGAAUGAGGCAAACGAGGAGAAUGAGGCAAACGAGGAGAAUGAGGCAAACGAGGAGAAUGAGGCGAACGAGGAGAAUGAGACGAAUGAGGAGAAUGAGGAGAAUGAGGCAAACGAGGAGAAUGAGGCAAACGAGGAGAAUGAGGCAAACGAGGAGAAUGAGGCAAACGAGGAGAAUGAGGCAAACAAGGAGAAUGAGGCAAACGAGGAAAAUGAGGCAAAUGAGGCAAAUGAGGAGAAUGAAGCAAAUGAGGAGAAUGAGGCAAAUGAGGAGAAUCAGGCAAACGAGGAGAAUGAGGCAAACAAGGAGAAUGAGGCAAACGAGGAGAAUGAGGCAAACGAGGAGAAUGAGGCAAACGAGGAGAAUGAGGCAAACGAGGAGAAUGAGGCAAACGAGGAGAAUGAGGCGAACGAGGAGAAUGAGGCGAACGAGGAGAAUGAGGCAGACGAGGAAAAUGAGGCAGACGAGGAAAAUGAGGCAAACGAGGAGAAUGAGGCAAACGAGGAGAAUGAGGCAAACGAGGAGAAUGAGGCAAACGAGGAGAAUGAGGCAAACGAGGAGAAUGAGGCAAAUGAGGAGAAUGAGGCAAACGAGGAGAAUGAGGAGAAUGAGGAGAAUGAGGCAAACGAGGAGAAUGAGGAGAAUGAGGCAAACGAGGAGAAUGAGGCAAACGAGGAGAAUGAGGCAAACGAGGAGAAUGAGGCAAACGAGGAGAAUGAGGCAAAGGAGGAGAAUGAGGCAAAGGAGGAGAAUGAGGCAAACGAGGAGAAUGAGGCAAACGAGGAGAAUGAGGCAAACGAGGAGAAUGAGGCAAAGGAGGAGAAUGAGGCAAAGGAGGAGAAUGAGGCAAACGAGGAGAAUGAGGCAAACGAGGAGAAUGAGGCAAACGAGGAGAAUGAAGCAAACGAGGAGAAUGAGGCAAACGAGGAGAAUGAGGCAAACGAGGAGAAUGAGGCAAACGAGGAGAAUGAGGCGAACGAGGAGAAUGAGGCAAACGAGGAGAAUGAGGAGAAUGAGGCAAACGAGGAGAAUGAGGCAAACGAGGAGAAUGAGGCAAACGAGGAGAAUGAGGCAAACGAGGAGAAUGAGGCAAACGAGGAGAAUGAGGCAAACGAGGAGAAUGAGGCAAAGGAGGAGAACGAGGCAAAGGAGGAGAACGAGGCAAACGAGGAGAAUGAGGCAAACGAGGAGAAUGAGGCAAACGAGGAGAAUGAGGCAAACGAGGAGAAUGAGGCAAACGAGGAGAAUGAGGCAAACGAGGAGAAUGAGGCAAACGAGGAGAAUGAGGCAAACGAGGAGAAUGAGGCAAACGAGGAGAAUGAGGCAAACGAGGAGAAUGAGGCAAACGAGGAGAAUGAGGAGAAUGAGGCAAACGAGGAGAAUGAAGAGAAUGAGGCAAACGAGGAGAAUGAGGCAAACGAGGAGAAUGAGGCAAACGAGGAGAAUGAGGCAAAUGAGGAGAAUGAGGCAAAUGAGGAGAAUGAGGAGAAUGAGGCAAACGAGGAGAACGAGGCAAACGAGGGGAACGAGGCAAACGAGGAGAAUGAGGCAAAUGAGGAGAAUGAGGCAAACGAGGAGAAUGAGGCAAACGAGGAGAAUGAGGCAAACGAGGAGAAUGAGGCAAACGAGGAGAAUGAGGCAAACGAGGAGAAUGAGGAGAACGAGGAGAAUGAGGAGAAUGAGGCAAACGAGGAGAAUGAGGCAAACGAGGAGAAUGAGGCAAACGAGGAGAAUGAGGCAAACGAGGAGAAUGAGGCAAACGAGGAGAAUGAGGCAAAUGAGGAGAAUGAGGCGAACGAGAAGAAUAAGGAGAAUGAGGCAAACGAGGAGAAUGAGGCAAACGAGGAGAAUGAGGCAAACGAGGAGAAUGAGGCAAACGAGGAGAAUGAGGCAAACGAGGAGAAUGAGGCAAACGAGGAGAAUGAGGCAAACGAGGAGAAUGAGGCAAACGAGGAGAAUGAGGCAAACGAGGAGAAUGAGACGAAUGAGGAGAAUGAGGAGAAUGAGGCAAACGAGGAGAAUGAGGCAAACGAGGAGAAUGAGGCAAACGAGGAGAAUGAGGCAAAUGAGGCAAAUGAGGAGAAUGAGGCAAAUGAGGAGAAUGAGGCAAAUGAGGAGAAUGAGGCAAACGAGGAGAAUGAGGCAAACGAGGAGAACGAGGCAAACGAGGAGAAUGAGGCAAAUGAGGAGAAUGAGGCAAACGAGGAGAAUGAGGCAAACGAGGAGAAUGAGGCAAACGAGGAGAAUGAGGCAAACGAGGAGAAUGAGGCAAACGAGGAGAAUGAGGAGAACGAGGAGAAUGAGGAGAAUGAGGCAAACGAGGAGAAUGAGGCAAACGAGGAGAAUGAGGCAAACGAGGAGAAUGAGGCAAACGAGGAGAAUGAGGCAAACGAGGAGAAUGAGACGAAUGAGGAGAAUGAGGAGAAUGAGGCAAACGAGGAGAAUGAGGCAAACGAGGAGAAUGAGGCAAACGAGGAGAAUGAGGCAAAUGAGGCAAAUGAGGAGAAUGAGGCACAUGAGGAGAAUGAGGCAAAUGAGGAGAAUGAGGCAAACAAGGAGAAUGAGGCAAACAAGGAGAAUGAGGCAAACGAGGAGAAUGAGGCAAACGAGGAGAAUGAGGCAAACGAGGAGAAUGAGGCAAACGAGGAGAAUGAGGCAAACGAUGAGAAUGAGGAGAAUGAGGAGAAUGAGGCAAACGAGGAGAAUGAGGCAAACGAGGAGAAUGAGGCAAACGAGGAAAAUGAGGCAAACGAGGAAAAUGAGGCAAACGAGGAAAAUGAGGCAAACGAGGAGAAUGAGGCAAACGAGGAGAAUGAGGCAAAGGAGGAGAAUGAGGCAAAGGAGGAGAAUGAGGCAAAGGAGGAGAAUGAGGCAAACGAGGAGAAUGAGGCAAACGAGGAGAAUGAGGCAAAGGAGGAGAAUGAGGCAAACGAGGAGAAUGAGGCAAAGGAGGAGAAUGAGGCAAAGGAGGAGAAUGAGGCAAACGCGAACGAGAAGAAUAAGGAGAAUGAGGCAAACGAGGAGAAUGAGGCAAACGAGGAGAAUGAGGUAAACGAGGAGAAUGAGGCAAACGAGGAGAAUGAGGCAAACGAGGAGAAUGAGGCAAACGAGGAGAAUGAGGCAAACGAGGAGAAUGAGACGAAUGAGGAGAAUGAGGAGAAUGAGGCAAACGAGGAGAAUGAGGCAAACGAGGAGAAUGAGGCAAACGAGGAGAAUGAGGCAAAUGAGGCAAAUGAGGAGAAUGAGGCAAAUGAGGAGAAUGAGGCAAAUGAGGAGAAUGAGGCAAACGAGGAGAAUGAGGCAAACGAGGAGAACGAGGCAAACGAGGAGAACGAGGCAAACGAGGAGAAUGAGGCAAAUGAGGAGAAUGAGGCAAACGAGGAGAAUGAGGCAAACGAGGAGAAUGAGGCAAACGAGGAGAAUGAGGCAAUCGAGGAGAAUGAGGCAAACGAGGAGAAUGAGGAGAACGAGGAGAAUGAGGAGAAUGAGGCAAACGAGGAGAAUGAGGCAAACGAGGAGAAUGAGGCAAACGAGGAGAAUGAGGCAAACGAGGAGAAUGAGGCAAAUGAGGAGAAUGAGGCGAACGAGAAGAAUAAGGAGAAUGAGGCAAACGAGGAGAAUGAGGCAAACGAGGAGAAUGAGGCAAACGAGGAGAAUGAGGCAAACGAGGAGAAUGAGGCAAACGAGGAGAAUGAGGCAAACGAGGAGAAUGAGGCAAACGAGGAGAAUGAGACGAAUGAGGAGAAUGAGGAGAAUGAGGCAAACGAGGAGAAUGAGGCAAACGAGGAGAAUGAGGCAAACGAGGAGAAUGAGGCAAAUGAGGCAAAUGAGGAGAAUGAGGCAAAUGAGGAGAAUGAGGCAAAUGAGGAGAAUGAGGCAAACGAGGAGAAUGAGGCAAACAAGGAGAAUGAGGCAAACGAGGAGAAUGAGGCAAACGAGGAGAAUGAGGCAAACGAGGAGAAUGAGGCAAACGAGGAGAAUGAGGAGAAUGAGGAGAAUGAGGCAAACGAGGAGAAUGAGGCAAACGAGGAGAAUGAGGCAAACGAGGAAAAUGAGGCAAACGAGGAAAAUGAGGCAAACGAGGAGAAUGAGGCAAACGAGGAGAAUGAGGCAAACGAGGAGAAUGAGGCAAAGGAGGAGAAUGAGGCAAAGGAGGAGAAUGAGGCAAACGAGGAGAAUGAGGCAAACGAGGAGAAUGAGGCAAACGAGGAGAAUGAGGCAAAGGAGGAGAAUGAGGCAAACGAGGAGAAUGAGGCAAACGAGGAGAAUGAGGCAAACGAGGAGAAUGAGGCAAACGAGGAGAAUGAGGCAAACGAGGAGAAUGAGGCAAACGAGGAGAAUGAGGCGAACGAGGAGAAUGAGGCGAACGAGGAGAAUGAGGCGGACGAGGAGAAUGAGGCGGACGAGGAGAAUGAGGCAAACGAGGAGAAUGGGGAGAACGAGGAGAAUGAGGAGAACGAGGAGAACGAGGAGAAUGAGGCAAACGAGGAGAAUGAGGCAAACGAGGAGAAUGAGGCAAACGAGGAGAAUGGGGCAAACGAGGAGAAUGAGACGAAUGAGGAGAAUGAGGAGAAUGAGGCAAACGAGGAGAAUGAGGCAAACGAGGAGAAUGAGGCAAACGAGGAGAAUGAGGCAAACGAGGAGAAUGAGGCAAACGAGGAGAAUGAGGCAAACGAGGAGAAUGAGGCAAACGAGGAGAAUGAGGCAAAUGAGGCAAAUGAGGAGAAUGAGGCAAAUGAGGAGAAUGAGGCAAAUGAGGAGAAUGAGGCAAAUGAGGAGAAUGAGGCAAACGAGGAGAAUGAGGCAAACGAGGAGAAUGAGGCAAACGAGGAGAAUGAGGCAAACGAGGAGAAUGAGGCAAACGAGGAGAAUGAGGCAAACGAGGAGAAUGAGGCGAACGAGGAGAAUGAGGCGAACGAGGAGAAUGAGGAGAACGAGGAGAAUGAGGCGAACGAGGAGAAUGAGGCAAACGAGGAGAAUGAGGCAACCGAGGAGAAUGAGGCAAACGAGGAGAAUGAGGCAAACGAGGAGAAUGAGGCAAACGAGGAGAAUGAGGCAAACGAGGAGAAUGAGGCAAACGAGGAGAAUGAGGCAAACGAGGAGAAUGAGGCAAACGAGGAGAAUGAGGCAAACGAGGAGAAUGAGGCAAACGAGGAGAAUGAGGCAAACGAGGAGAAUGAGGCAAACGAGGAGAAUGAGGCAAACGAGGAGAAUGAGGCAAACGAGGAGAAUGAGGCAAACGAGGAGAAUGAGGCAAACGAGGAGAAUGAGGCAAACGAGGAGAAUGAGGCAAACGAGGAGAAUGAGGCAAACGAGGAGAAUGAGGCAAACGAGGAGAAUGAGGAGAACGAGGAGAACGAGGAGAAUGAGGCAAACGAGGAGAAUGAGGCAAACGAGGAGAAUGAGGCAAACGAGGAGAAUGAGGCGAACGAGGAGAAUGAGACGAAUGAGGAGAAUGAGGAGAAUGAGGCAAACGAGGAGAAUGAGGCAAACGAGGAGAAUGAGGCAAACGAGGAGAAUGAGGCGAACGAGGAGAAUGAGGAGAACGAGGAGAAUGAGGCGAACGAGGAGAAUGAGGCAAACGAGGAGAAUGAGGCAACCGAGGAGAAUGAGGCAAACGAGGAGAAUGAGGCAAACGAGGAGAAUGAGGCAAACGAGGAGAAUGAGGCAAACGAGGAGAAUGAGGCAAACGAGGAGAAUGAGGCAAACGACGAGAAUGAGGCAAACGAGGAGAAUGAGGCGAACGAGGAGAAUGAGGCGAACGAGGAGAAUGAGGCGGACGAGGAGAAUGAGGCGGACGAGGAGAAUGAGGCAAACGAGGAGAAUGGGGAGAACGAGGAGAAUGAGGAGAACGAGGAGAACGAGGAGAAUGAGGCAAACGAGGAGAAUGAGGCAAACGAGGAGAAUGAGGCAAACGAGGAGAAUGAGGAGAACGAGGAGAAUGAGGAGAAUGAGGCAAACGAGGAGAAUGAGGCAAACGAGGAGAAUGAGGCAAACGAGGAGAAUGAGGCGAACUAG